AUGAGCUCCCUCAAUGUCUCCGAUUUUGCUGUAACCGCGGGGGCAGAUGAAUGGCAGCAGAAGGCGGCGGGGAUCUUUCGGGAUGCCGGUUUCUGCGUGAUUCUCAACGCCCUCAGUGAAUCAACAGCAUCUGACGUGCUGGAGAGCUGCCUCGACGCGGAGCGAAAGAUGUUGGAGCUGGAUCCUGAGAGGAUCGGGUGCCGCGACCCUGGUCGGUACAGCUUUGGGGCUGCCAGCCAGUCUGGCCACAUGCUUCAUUAUGAAGCAUGGUCACAGCUGCUGUCCUGUGAGGCUGUGCUGCAUGCGCUGCACGCGAUCUUUCCCGACGGAUUCUGCUUUUGUGGCGGCGGUGGUGACUUCGUCCUGGGAGAGACCCUGAACUAUCAAGCCCUGCACUCUGAUUUAGGGCCUGGCCGAGUUCCUUCCGAGCAUCGUUUGGAAAAUGCACCCCCCAAGAUCGCAGUGAACUUCACUGUGCAAGAAAUAGGCGCAGAGAAUGGGCCCAUGAGAGUCAUACCAGGCAAGAAGGUCAUCAGUGGGCAGCAAGACAUUCCUCCCAAGUUCGCAGAUGAACCUGAACGAUACAAGCAGUCCAAGCUUUUUCCGCUGCCGGCUGGUGCCGCAAUCAUUCGAGACCUGAGGUUGUGGCAUGGUGGUACUCCAAAUCUAAGUGCAGAGACACGCUUCUUGCCAAGUGUGGAGGCGUUCUCUGCCAAGUACGCGUCUUUCAUCUCCGGUCAGCAUGCAAGUGAAGGCUGGUGCCGGGCAUGCCAAUGGCACCACUGCAGCAUCCCUCUGAAAGAUCGGCGAUGCUGUUUACCCGAAUACCUUUUUCUCAAACUGCCGCCUGCAGUUCAAGCAGUCUGUUCGGCCAUACGCUCGCAGGACGCGGUUCCAACCGACUUUCGAGAGUUUGCCCACCUACGGCGCUCGUGGGAGGCAGGUGCCAGCUCAAGCCAGGUCUCGUCGAAGCCGAUGUGGCAACCUUGGCGGCACGAGAAGAGUUUGCCAAGUUCGAUGCCGAAGGCUCCAAAGCCUCUGAUAGAUGAUUGGAGCGGUAGGAGGAAAUGGCGUGGGAGAGUUGACUGGAACAGAUCCUGGAGCGAGGCCAGAAACUCCAGGCAGGAGUUCAAGGGAUAUGCUGCGACGAACAAGUCCAGCAAGCUGGAUCAUGAUGAAGCUGGGAACAAAGACAACCAGGUCAUUGCAAGUGUGCGGGGUGCAGCUGCAGCCAUCGCCGCUGUCGUUGCAAAGAGUGCUCGAGUUACGCUAGGUCUUGUCGUGUUGUAUCGAGCAACGAAAGUAUGGGCAGCGUUCCUUACAAUCUCUGAACGUUUUGUGACGGAUGCGAGUCGUAGUGCACUACGAGUUCUGCCGACGAUCGUGACUCGAAUUCUGGGCCGGCUUGCCGUCCUGAGGCGCCUGUAA